UCGGCGUCGUCGUCGUCGUCGUCGGUGAUCGUCAGUUUCGUCGGUGUUACGGACGCGUGAUUCACGUUUGACGCGCAGUUUCGGAUGCGUGCACGGACAAAGAUCGUCGAUGGUCGUACGCACAACGACGAUUACCUGACGAACGAGGCGAGCGUAAUACGUAUUCCCGUGCGCGGUCGAUCGGUGCGACGACGUGGUACGACUCUCUCUCGUAAAGAUCGUGAUGUAGUCGCGGUAUGUCGCGAGUGAUUCGCUCGAGGCCAGAGGCACAGUGACGACUCGCCCGUGAGCCUGCCGACGGACCGAGGCCCGCGAUGGAGUCGAUCAGAAAAUGGUUCUACAGGCCUAAGAGAGACGACACGAGCCUGCUGGCACAGUUCUUCUACGCGGACGAGUCUCUGAACGCAGUCGCGUGCGAGUUGGACUCGUUCGACGGUCGACAAGAGCCCGAGCGAUGCACCACUUUGGUGAAUCGUCUGCGGCAUUGUCAGGACAAGGUGCUGACGAUAUGCAGCCAGAUAAUGGACGACCUGAUACCGGAGAGCAGAGCGAAUCGUGACUUCAGGGUCAAAUUCCCGGACGACGUGAUGCAGGAGAAUUUGGCCGGGCAGCUCUGGUUCGGGGCCGAGUGCCUGGCCGCGGGAUCCUCCAUCAUGAACAGGGAACAGGAGAGUUCGGCUCUGAGGCCCCUCGCCCAGGCGUUGACCAAGUCGUUGGACAUCGUCAGGAAUCUGCUCAGGGAACACGCGCUGAAAGGUCACAUGAACCUCAAGUAUUUGUUCCAAACGCAAAACCCGGUGGACCCAUCGCUGGAGAAGCUGAUCGAGUCGUUGAAGAUCUUCGACCGGGUGUUCGCCGAUUUCGAACUCUGUUACGUGGGCGUGAUGGUGCCGGUGAAAUCGACGAAGGAGUACGAGCAGCAGGAGCUCGUAUGCGUUUUAUUUUCGGAGACGUUGCAACGGGCGCUUGAACGCGGAUUGCUAAGCCAGGCAGACGUGGACAAUUACGAGCCGGCGCUGAUGUUCACUAUCCCGCGUUUGGCGAUCGUUUCCGGCCUCUUGGCACCGCCCGGAGGUCCGCUGUGCCUCAACUCCCCCGACAACAUCAGCGAAAUGUUUAGACCCUUUAGGGUAAGCGCGACGUUACUAUUGAAAAUAAGGGAGCUCCUUUGGACCCUGAACAACCGGGAGUUAUACAUGCUGGAGAAACUCCUGUGUUCGAACGAGGAACCGUCGGGUCCCGUCACGCAGUCCAAGUCGUCCGCGUGUCAGGACAUUCCCGACCUGGAGGAGUUCGUCCACAACUUUUAUACCGGCUACCCGAACUGUAAAGACUUCAUCGUAGAUUUUUACACAGUGACUAGGAACACGGGGAACAACAUGGACGAAAUAGCGAACGACGUGGUGCAAACGUUGGACGAGGAGAACGGUCGUUCGAUGGAGAGCGGCGGCAGCGACCAGCACGAGGACGCGGAUCGCGAGACGGAGAUCGCGGACGCCGGACCCGAUCGAUCGAACGUGUCCGCGAAUAGGUACGAGAAUUCCGUGAGACGUGACGGUGCCGCGAGGACAUCCAGUGGGAGGGAGAGUGUCAGUGAUCAAGUGCAAUGUCGCGUGAAAAGAUCGAGCAACGAGAGACCGUCGUCGCGGAACGGCGAUCCCUGCUCGAGGGCAUUGAGCGAGCGCGACGGGAGUCCCGUGCCCGCGGCGGAACAGGUCGUCCCGAACGGAGAACCGAUCUUGUCUCAGAAGCAGCAAGAGGAAUUCAUGACGGCGGACAUCUCUGAGAUAUUGGACGGCUCGGAGAACAUCGAGAUCCCGCAGACGCAGUACCUGUUGAACCAAGUGUCGCACGAGAACAACGUCACCGUGGAAGCUGUGCACAUACAGAACUCCCUGCCCGACUUGGACUCGAAGAAACUCAUCUCGGAAGCGAACAAGACUCUGUCGAAUCUGUUGCUAGACGGUGAGUGCCAGAACGAAAUCUCCGAGCAAACCGAUUCCGGGAUCUGCACGGUGAUCUCGUCGGAGAACACCAGUCUCUACGACAAGAGCCCCGAGGAGAAAAAGACGUUCGCCAACGAGAUCCAGCAGGACGAGCAGGGAAUGGACGAGGAAGACACGCAGGAGAACACCAGUUACUCCUGCUCGAACUUGAACUCGCCCAAGAGAAAGAGCUCGACGAUGUCGGACAACUCUUGCGUCUGCAGUUUGAGGAACGUGAAAGCUGUCGCGUCGUUGGACCGAUCGAUCGAAGUGCACAAUUUACACGCGGCGAGCACCGAGGCUAAAAACGUGCCGCGUAUAUCGUCGAAUUUCGACGGGACGAACGAGGAGUUCGUAGGCGUCGCUUACGGGAACGGGCAGAUCUCCGUGUGCGAUUCCAAUCAGUCCGGUUUUCAAAUCAACUAUUCCGAGAACUGGGAGAAUCUGAAUUUGAGCAUCGACGCGUCCACGUCGAGGAAGGAGUUCUGGAGCGACUUGAAGUGCGAGAACUGCCCGUCCACGUCGCACAAUAUAGACAAGAUCGGCACGAAGAUCGCGCAGGAGAAGAUCGCAACGUCGAGAAAGGUGAGAGACGAGAAACAGAAACGUAGACACCAACGUAAGCACGAGAGGAACGGGCAGAGGUUGCUUCAUUACGCGAUGCAGGAGAACAGGGUACAGAAUUUCGUGCGAUCCUCCGCGAGCACCGAGAGCUCUAGGUCGAACUCCACGGACCGUUGCCUGAACCCUAGAUUGAUCAGCUAUUACGGUGCCAGUCUGCACCCGAGUCAGAACACGAGACAAAUGCCUAACUUCGGUAGCCACAGUCCGCACGCCAGCCCUAGACUACAGCACUUCGAGACGCGUAGCACACCGAGUUCUGCUCGGAGGACCUGUAGCGUCGUGUCCAGAGCUCAGAGGAACUUGUCGCCGCAGAACAGGAAGCUCCUGGAUCACAGGAGGUCCAGAUCCGAGCAGAUAAGCCGGAUGAUGAAGUGGAGGGAGAAGUACGAACGAGCGAACGCGAGGUCGGAGCAGACCAAGAGGAAGCUGGGCAACAGGAGCCCGAGCGAACUGAUGAACGACGGUUUGGGACCAAGAACGGACAAGAGCGGCCUGGCGAACGAGCCCGCCUCGCCGGUCUCGACGUCGGUUGCGAAAAAAGACAAUAAUUCGCAGAGGAUCACGCGACUGGUGAAAGCGGCCACGGUUCAGGGGACGCAGUCGUUCAGCGCGGAACAAUCGUUGGUUCCGAAACAGGACGGCGAGUCCAGCUCGAGCUGCUCGAGCUGCUGCGACUCGAGUUCGGAGACCAGCGAGUUCCAGAGCGACUGGCAGGACGAUGAGGAGAUCGCGCUCGCGAUGCAGGCUGCCGCCAACAGGAAUCAGAUUCGUGCGAAGUUUCGGUCGUCGGAGGAUCUCGUCCACCGUUUAUUCGUCUGCAUAGCAGGUGUCGCGGAUCAAUUGCAAACGAAUUUCGCGUCGGAUUUACGCAAUAUUUUGAAAUGCGUGUUCCUGAUGAACAGCAGCCAGACCGUGGAGGAAACCGAGGUAAAGGACGAAAAUCUAACGUCGGGGAGUCCCGUCGCGGACGUUUUGACCGACACGAUCACUAAUCACGACCGGCAGGAUUCGUUGCAAGAGUACGAGGACGACUUGGAGGAGACCACGGCGACCAACGAACAUAAUACAAGUUCUCCGGUGACCGAACGCGGGGAGGAGUGCGUGGAGAGGGCACCUGCCUGGAUCCCGGACAACGACGCGCCUCGUUGCAUGGCGUGCCAGGCAGGGUUCACGGUGGUGAGGCGCAGACACCAUUGCCGAAACUGUGGCAAAGUGUUCUGCGGUCGUUGCAGCAGCAACAACGUUCCUCUGCCCCGAUACGGGCACACGAAACCCGUACGUGUCUGCAACAGGUGUUUCCUCUAUCAGGUGACGCCGUUCACCGUGUCGCAGGUCGCGUCGGCGAGCUGAGCCUCACCGCGAUGAGACACGGGCCAGAGAUCGUUCGGUGACGAUUCACAAUGAUAAAUAUACAACUGUUUCGCUUCGUACGCGAUCGUUACGCGUGACGAUGUCGUGUUCGCGCGGAUCCGUUUCUUUCCUCCCAUCCCCCUUCUAUGCUAUAGCGGCCGUUUUCCCUACGUGGUUCGUCUCUAUUAGGGUAAACGCGAAUAUACGGAUGCGUACAGAGUGUCUCGAUCGAGAGCGACUGUGUCUUUAAAAUGAUUAUAAACGUAUAAUGCAGGCCUCUUUCUAGCGUAGCGAAUGAUUUAAUCUUUUAUUGAAUAAAAACUGACUUUAUAGGUAUGUCGAUGUAUCUGAUCCCAUCUGUAUGUGAUAAAACGAUUCACGAGACAAACUGCACUAUGGGGUACUUGGACCUUCGACUAAUACUUGAUGAAAAUUGUUUCAUACUUUACGUAAUAGAUUUAUAAUCGUUUUAAAAGAAUAGUUAAUUCUGACUUCAUGAGAUACUCUGGUACGUAUGGAUAUCUAUGAACAUAUAUAAUACAUAUACACACGUACAUACGAGAGGGCACAGAGUAACGAAUGUGUCAGUAGCGUUGUGUUCUUCCGAUCUUCAUUGAUUUUCUAAUUGUACGUACGUCGGUAGAAAUUCUUCUGACAGUGAAUCCUACUGAUAGAUUCUUACGAAACGUAACGAACAAAGUUUUUAAUCAGAAACGAAAUGAAUCAGCUUACGAACAAAUGAAGAUGGAACGAACACGCCGAUGCUACUCGAUCGUCUUUUCCGUUGUUUGUAUACUUAUGUGCACUUAAAAUGAAAAUCGUAAGAGUUAGAGUAUAUAUAUAAAUAAAUAAAUAUCGGCGCCGAUCGCUAAUAUUUUUACACGUCGUGAGUAUCGAACGUUUUUAAACGAGCUAAUUUCCAAAAGCAGUUAUAUCAUAAUUUAAUCCUAACUGUACGCUUUAGACGAUAAGGUGUUUAGAGACGAACGAAAGACAGAAAAGACGAGAAGGAAGAAUCGUUGCUUUUCGCAUAGGGUACACCCGAUAUUAUGUACAGAUUAUUCCACGUCUCCUAUUUAACCCGUCUCUCCUUUAUAUUUCUCAGUUCUCUUCGUCCACGUUCCGUUCGUACGUUUAUCUUCUUCCGUUAGGAGUGUUCAUUUAAUAAUAACGAUAAUAACGAUAAUAUAUAUAUAUAUACGUAUAAAUUCAAUCGAGUUUCUCGCCUCUCGUCGCGUCGACCCUUACUCUCGUUAAGAAUAAACCCGUUUUUUUUUUUUAACAGACAGAUCGUGAAAUGUUAGAUGUAACUCGAAAUGUCGAUUCUAUGGAAUAAAACGUAUAAAAUAUUUCCUCGUUCAAUGCUUCAUUGUACUGUGACAAACUGAAUAACGAUAUCUUGAAAUGGCCAACGAAACUUCACGAUCAGAUCAGAUUUUGUUAUUUAAAUUUUUAAAGUUACGUCUACAUUUUAUAGCGCGUCUGAUCUUCAAUUACGUCGACUGGAUUAGAUUUCUUUUGUACGAAAAUUAUAUUGGAUGCGGCGAGCUUCGACCGAGAACAGAGUGAUUCAUAGUGUAAGAAUUUGUUGAACAUUUUUAAAUAAACUUUGUUACGAGAGACUGGGCGUAUGUUUUAUUUAAAUUCUUAUUUGGAACUCGAUGCAAUUUUCUAUUAAGAGAACCAAUUGUAAUGUUUUCGGUAAUACGAUUUCUACGGCGAAGCAGUAACAUCGCGUAAAUAGGUAAACCUUACGAUCUUAAAGAUUCGUCGAACCGUGCAGCGGCACGUUGCUGUCUUCUGUGCCAAAUUUACCUACGUGACAAUAAGUUUCCUCUGUUGACACGCGAUCUACUAUAAUAAUUCCGAUUAUGUGUAUGAAAUCGUUCGUUCGAUUUAACGAAUCAUUUGAUUUCUUCCUCAUACGUCGACUCACGAAAGUAUUCCAACAUCUCUUAAAAUGGAAUGUGAAAAUCUUUGUAUAACGUGACCAUUGAAAAUUGUAUCGUUCUACGACUGAUUCGCGCGAAUUUUUAAAAAUUAUUAAAACGACGCGCCAUGUGUCAAUUGUCCUACCGAUUUUUAGUAACGAACAUGAAGGCGACCGACCUACUCGAAACUGAUUUUGAUUAUUAGCGAGAAAUUUAUUUACCACCGCGACAAAACUUCGUAACGAUAUCGACGUGAUUGGUGCCUUGUACAAGACACGUUUAUAGUUUAUAACGAGCGAGAAACGAUUCGUGCAAGUUAGAUACGAGUAAUAAAUGACUGCGAAUUAUAAAAAGACAUGCAAUUACAUUUUUUGCAAAUACUUUGUGAUAUCAGUUUUAUCGUCUAUGGUUUUUUGUAUGAAAUUUUCUUAUGGAACCAGCCGUAUUUUCAUUUAACGAACUGUAUAUUCCUUUCGUCGAAGAUGUUCCAGCGAAGGAUCUUUCGAAAAGAACGAAACGCCUCAACCUGCUGUUCCGUAAAAUUAUGUGUGCGUAGUGUGUAAAUGUGAUGCAACGAAAGAUACCAAUUUACUAGGGUAAUCAUUGAAUUCGAACGAUUUACUAUUUCCAUUAAGUAAAACGACUACUGCCAUUGUUUAUUGUCAAAUUAAUUAGACGUAGCGUUAAGUAUAAUAAUUUUUUAUAACGGUUAGUCAGGCGUACUCGAACUAUCUCCCAUAGAUUAUCGUACAAUACAUCUGAAGAUUGCUCGUUUCAAGAGUUUCCGAUUCUUUAAAGCGAAACCAACUACGUUAAAAUUUUCUCGAUCUAAUUAAAUUGUUCAUAGAAUUACUUUUACGAAUUAUGGAUCUUAGACGAAUUAGGAAGCGUUCCAUAAAAUAGUAUGGAAGCGCAUUUUAACUCGAUGCUUAAAAUUAAACAAACGUUCAAGUCCGAAGUAAUCGUUCUAUUCUAAUUAUAAUAAUUGACAAAUGCUAAUUGUAUUCUCGGUAUAAUCUUAGAACGUUUAAAAAUCUUGUCAUUACUCAAUCCAUCGAUUCAACUUGAUAUUUUUCAUAAAAAAAUAUCCAAGUGAAGAAAAGUCGAACCAAGUACAAAAUUAGACACCGUAUGAUUUUGCAACAACGACGAACUACGCUAGGAGUGGAAAUUCAGUGAUUACCCUGUUUCUAGUUAAAAAGAACAAGAUAUUUACUGGUUUCAAUUUUCGUGCUGAUUAAUCGCACCAGUCGUUUAAACACCAUUUCCCACCGAGCUUUCAUAAUUACAUUAUAAAUUAAUUGUAAUUAUAAUUAUGGCGUGAACAAUGUUUGGACAGAUUGAUUUGAGCGAUUCAUAACGAAAAUGAUCCCUGAAAAUUAUGAGAGCCACGUUAAAUAACUGAUGAACGCAGUUAUAACAUACUGAGUAUUUUGUAAUAAUAAAACUGUGAAAUUGAUCGAAUUGAAAACACGACACCUAUCUUUCAAUCCAUGACAAUAUUAACGUGGAUCGUUUUUGGUAUGAAUUGUUGAAACGACGAAUGCAAUUUUACGCUGUGACUCGCUCAUAGGAUGAUUUCACGUACAGGAGUGCGAGCUUGGCGAACCGAGAAAGGAGACGAGAGAAAUGGGAAUAGAAUACAAGGAAUGAAACAAAAGAUAAAUAGACGAUGGUACGACAUCGAGAAAAGUUACGCGUUCGCGACGAACACGAUCUGCCAAUUAAAUAGUUAGGAGAGACUGCGAGGUAGGAGAGAGAACAUCUCGAGAAUUAUUUUUUUAUUAAUUGCCCGAAGCGUGUAAUCGAAUUGCCGAGUAAGAGAAGCGAAUUAACUUGACCCGUCGCGAAACGAUGCUGCGUAUUUGGACGUCGUAAUUUACGGUAAUAGGUGCAGCGACGAUGAGAGUGUAAAUAAAGUUUAUUAAAUGUGUUUCAACGAGA